ACGAGUGCUAGACGGGGGUUCUUUUGCUGACCUACUAUUCUCCGGCCCAGGCCCAUCUGACUUUCACGUGCUUUAUCCAAGAAGAUCAGCCGGCAAAAUGCAGGAAACAAAACAGAAAACUCAUGCUUUAGAUCGCAUUUUUUUUCGUCGAUUCUGGUGCUGUUUGAAGGUCAUCUUUCCCGCAUGUCUUUCAACGACUGUUCURUUGUUUAUAUUGUUGCUUGGCUUGUCUUUGGGCGAACAAGUGAUGAUCUACAACACUGGCUUGAUUCCAAGUCAGUUCUACCAAGUACUCAGUKCUAGAGACAGUGAAGGAUUUCGCUCACUCAUUACUGUAGCUAUUGGWUUYAUWAUCGGGACAGCACUAGGAAAAAGCCUYGUGCAAUACAUUGCUAAUGUUUCCUAUGUGAAAUGGAGGGGUUUACUGACUGUCCAUCUACACCGAGGCUACUUCAAGGAUGACUCCUUCUACAAUCUAAAUCUUCUGGAUAAAACUAUCGACAACCCAGACCAAAGGAUCACACAAGACAUCGAUCGAUUCUGUAAUCAGUUUAGUCAGAUGAUCGCAUCAUUGGUUAUUUCUCCCUUCACAAUAGCAUACUAUACCUAUCAGUGCUACAACAGCGCAGGUUACCUUGGUCCAUUAAGUAUUUUUGGGUAUUUCUUAGUUGGAACUAUUAUCAAUAAGCUUAUMAUGUCUCCUAUUAUCACAUUGGUUGUCAAGCAGGAGAAGCUUGAGGGAGACUUUAGGUUCAAGCACAUGCAGAUUCGAGUCAACUCUGARUCCUUGGCAUUCUACAGGUCRGGGCAACUGGARGAGAAAAGAACAAACAAAAGACUGAACAAUUUACUUGCWGUACAACAAAGAUUGGUUAAUUAUGAAUUCUUUUUGAACUUUUCGGUGAAUUUCUUCGACUAUAUUGGUGCAAUACUUAGCUAUAUCUUGAUCGCUAUUGUAUUGUUUGCUGGAAAAUAUGAUGGAUUAUCUACCUCUGCACUUACCGGAGAAAUUAGCCGAAAUGCYUUUGUGUCCAUGUACCUGAUUGGCUGCUUCUCUAAGCUGAUUGAUUUGUCCAACUCAGUUUCUGACAUGGCGGGAUAUACUCAUCGCAUUGGGGAACUCAUUGAGAACUUGAAAGAAAAAUCCCAGAGGGAUGAGUUUAAUAGUAGUUGUUCUUCACUAGCAGUGAUAAAUACAGAAUGCCUUUUUAAGCUUGAAGCAGUCUCGUAUGCAUCACCUAAGGCACUGAAACCACUGGUAAAAGACCUUAACUUAACCAUAAAUAAGGGUGAAAACAUUCUUAUAACAGGAAAAACAGGAAGUGGGAAAAGUUCACUGCUGAGAGUUUUGAGUGACCUGUGGAAACCAACRUCUGGACAAGUGCUGAGGAAUUUAAGGCUAACUCCAAACAAUGUUCUCUUCUUGCCUCAAAGGGUGUUGCUGUCAGAUGGAACACUAAAACAGCAAGUUGUUUAUCCAUACGACACACCAUUGCAACAAGAUUACACUGAAAAUGGCGAAGAAAAAAAUGAYAAGAUUUUGGCAAUUUURAAUGAUGUGGGUCUUUCUGGUGUUUGUGAGCAAUUYGGGGGGAUCAAUGUCGUCGCAGAUGGAAACUGGGAGGAUAUGUUGUCACCGGGUGAGAUGCAGCGUCUGGCRUUUGCUCGGCUGUUUUAUCAYAAGCCAGUCAUUGCAUUGCUUGAUGAAGCUACAAGUGCCCUAGAUGUGCCUACAGAGAAAACCAUGUAUGAAAUGUGUAAUCAACUUGGCAUUACUCUUGUUAGUAUUGGGCAUAGAGAAUCGCUGAUUCCUUAUCAUCACAUGAAUUUGAUGCUGGAUGGAGAAGGGGGUUGUCAUAUUAAGUACCUUACUAGUAACUGAAACAUUAUAAUCCCCCUAUAUUAUUAGCCUGCUUAGCCAGGCAUUAUUAGACGCUGUAAUAGAGAGGCUACUUAAUUGUUCUCUAGGCUUUAUUGGAAGGUAAUUUUGUUCCUUUGUAUCAAAGCAGUACAUUAAAUGUCUCUGUUUGGUUUGCUUUGAUGCAAAGCCAUGGCUACCUUUCAAGAUAGCCUACAAAAGUGUGAAGAGAGUAAUUGUGAACACAAUUCAAAUGAUUCAUGAAAUUUCCCAUAAAAAAGUAAUUCAAAUUUCUGUCCUCAAAGGACUUAGAUAUAACAUUUUUUUUUCUCUACUUGACAAAUAAUCAWAGAUUAUGCAAAUUUUUAUAGAUAUAUUUUUUAAAGUUUUUAAUCAUAAAAAUAUUUUCCUUUGAAAUAAUAGUAUAGAG